UUUUUUGUAAUCCGCCGGCAUGAACGAAAGUUAAUGAAUGAAAAAUGUCAAGACGCAAUAGAAAAGACGUCGAUAGAUAUGUAUCUCAUAUUCCUGAAAAAGAGAAAACGUCCCGAGGAUACCAGAUAUCUGUGUUAUACAAUGAAGCUGGUGACUAUGUAACUGCUAAAAGGUACCUAGCAUCUUACAUCAGUACCAGAGAGAAUGUACCUCAGGCUCAUAAGUUGAUGGGACAGAUUUUAGAAUCCAGCAAAAACAAAGAAGAUGCUAUUGAAAGUUACAAGAGGUCAUUCCAACUAGAUAGUAAGCAAAAAGAUUUACUUCUGAAAAUUUGUGAACUGUAUGGAAGUUUAAAGAAUAUUGACCCUGAAAGAGCUAAAUAUUGGGUAGAACAAGCUGAGAGAUUUCAUCCAAACAGUUCUGUGUUAUUCAGAUUGAAGGAAAGAGUAAUGUCUGGAGCAAACUUUGAAGAUCUAGAAGAUUUUUAUGCAAAACAAUUAGCCAAAAACUACACAGAAGUAAAUUUACAUACCAAGCUGAUAGACCUGUAUCUAUCAGAAGACAAAGUAGGAAAUGCCUAUAGACACACAGUAGAUGUAGAGAAAACUCUGGCAUUUGUUGACAACAUUGUGUGGUAUGAAAACAUCUCAAGAGUGUUUCAAACUUACCAGAAAAAAGAAAGAUGUCAAGCUGAUACAUCAUUCCACAUGCAUCGCUUAAUUGUUUUGUGUAAUCUGGUCUACCUACAGAUCAAAGAGAGGGAAAUUGUAACCUGUGCACAAUCAUUAUACAUGCUUGACCAGAGUUUACAAGAAGCUAUGAUGGUAAAAUCACAGAAGCCUGAGUGGGUGUCUGUUUUGUGUGAAGUACAGGGGAUGUACUACUUUCUCUGUGGUUUACUUCUGUUGAAAAGAGCAAACAAGGGACAACUAGUUUGGAAAGAUGCCAGUUCAUUUUCUGUUGUUUGUUUCCUUCUGAGCUACAAUUUCCCAGUUAUAAAUAGAACAUCAGCUUGGUAUGUACAAUCCAAAUCUGUACAGCUUCAGAAGUUUUAUGACAGAGUUUAUCUCUUUGGUUGCUACAGACUUAGUCAAGCAGGUUACAUUGCUUCAUCACUACUGCAUGGUGAAGCUUCUACUCAGCUUAACACCCAGCGACAACAAUUACGGACUCCACAGGCCAGAGAUAAACUUUAUGAUGUGAUGUUCACCAUGAGAGAGAUGAGAGAAAAGAAGGAUAGAUCUUAUCUAAUUCAGUCUGAUCAUUUCUGUACAGCCCAGGUGGUGGUACCAUCUAAAAAAUUAGUAUCAGAGAAUGAUAAAGGUGUAGAGGAACUGUUUGCUGAUGACUUAGAUCAGUUGGUGUGGCUGGCAUUACAGAAAUAUUCUGUGAAGGAUCAGGUUCUAACUUAUAAUGGUUUGGCUGUGUUCCACAAGUUACCCUUUAGUACAGAUGACAUUGAUAGUGCUUCUUUGGAAUCCCUUUGUCAACUAGAUAUUCAGGCAUUUUUCCUGGCAGCAUUGAGAUGUGCAAGUAUAGAUUAUGAGGAGCAGCGUCGAAUCAAUAGAAGAGAUCAAUUUAGGCCUUAUAUUCUCCCAGCUUGUCUAUGUUCAAGUCUGUGUACAAGUCAGCAAGUCGAUUGGUGGACAGCUAUGUACAAGUUUUGUACAGGGAAGGCUAAGGAGAAUUUCCCUAAAUUACGAUCUACAAUACAACGAGGAUUAGAAGUGGUCAGAUUGAAAGGACCUCAUGGAAUGUCUGUAAUAUCUAUUACAAACAUAGCUAAGAGUUUUGAUCAAAAAGUCAAGGAUUUAGAGACUGACCAAUCUGUGGAAGGACAAGAAAGACUGACUGGUUAUAAUGUUAGAGCAGCACUGUAUUGGAAGGAAGUCCUUGGUAUGGUGGAAAGGUUACAAGGUAAAAUAGCCCAAAGAAGGCCCAAAGAAAGAAUGUUUGAUGAUGGAGACAGUGGACAAGUAGAUUUUAACCAGAUACAAGAUAUCAAAGACCAGGCUCAGUUUUCAUUAGCCAUUGUUGCCAUGAGGAGGGGAAGUUUGGAGGAGGCUAAAGAGAAGCUUGAAUCUAUCAGAACACCAUGGGCUUCAUACUAUCUGGCUAAGAUUUAUCGUGACAUGUCAAGGGAGAUAAGUUCUGAUGAUAUAGGAUUUGCUGGUGACAGGUUGGCAUUAAUGGAGAGAGCUUUAGAUACUCUGUACCAGACAUUAGAUAGACUAAAGACACAGAAAAAUCAUGAGUUAGAGAAUAUUGUUCCUAAAGAAAUAGAUGAAGUUGUUAAUGAGAUAGAAGGCCUUAGGAUGCCAGGUCUUGCUCUUGUAGACAGUAUAUGUAAUGGUAUGAAUAGUAUGGGUCAACCGCCUGACUUGGAAGGGGAUGAAGAAAAUGAUUCUGAUGGAGAAUAUACCAGUUUUACUACGCCAAAUGGGAAAGAGCAACACGCUGACCUUCAGCCAUCAGUGAUAUCACCUGGUUUUGUGGCUAGUACUCCAGCAAUCAAGACAAGAACACCAGGAAAAUCUCCAGGAGCCAAACAACUACAGUUCAGUAUGGAGACCAGGCAACAUGCACGUCCUAGUCCAGAGAGGCUAGAAGCCAGAAUAUGGGCAAUAGAAAAGAAACAGGAAACAGUAAUAGAUCUUGUUCAAGAUAUGAGAAAUAGGCAUACAGAACUAGAAUCUACCAUAAAGGGGUUGAAGGAUUUGCUAUUAAGCCAGAGACAAGCACCGCCCCCGCCUCCCCCACAGAUGUACCCCUCACCCUACGCUGGAUCAAUGUACAGACCUCAGUACCAACCUCCUCCCCCACCUCCCAUGAUGCCUCAGCCAGGAUACGGCUAUCAAAUGCCUAUGUCACCAGGACCUGGAGGGCGACCAAUACCUAGCCGUGUCGGCAGGACUAGUCAGUAUAUACCACAACCAGACAUAGAAGAUGAGUUUUAUGAUGGAGAUUUUUAUGAAGACAAUGGUUCGGGACAGGGAAUUCCUGGUCAGGACACUAGUGGAUGGACAGUAAAUCAUAAACCUGGAAUGGAAGGCAUGAGUAAUAUGGGACAUCCAUCUCAGCAGAUGCCUCCUGCAGGAUUUUUUGCCCAAGCAUUAAGAGGCCAAGCUCUUCAGUUCCAACAAGGCCAGAUAAUGACAGGACAAGUUGGUAGACCUAUGAUGAGUUCUGGUUUAGUCUCCAUGUCUUCAACACAAUCAGUCAAUUCAGGCAUGUACCCUCAUCCUGGUGCCCCGCCACAGUCUACAGGUAUGGCUCCUGGCAUGAUGCCAGGACAGUCUCAUGGUCAGGUUCCAUCACAGAUGGCUGGACAGUCUCAUGGUCAAGUUCCAUCGCAGAUGGCUGGACAAGUCCAAGGACAGCUUGCAGAAUUAUUAAGUACCAAUACCUGCCAGCCAAGAAUGACUAGGACAGAGAUUCCUAAGCCACCUGAGCCACAACGACCAAUGUAUGGCAGUUCACCAGGAGCACAGAAUGUAGGAACUGUCAAUUCAUCAAGUUCUACUCCAACAACUUUACCACUGUUAGGCAGUCUCCUAGCUGCUUCUACAUCACCUGACAAACCAUUGGCUAAUCCUGUCUCUAUGGUUACUUCAGUGGCUCCUGGUUCCUCAGCACCAAAAGGAACCUUUAGUUUUGGACAACAACCUUUUACAACAGGUACCCAGUCACCAUUCAGUUUUGGACAAGUGUCAUCAACUACGACAGGAGGUGGUCAGAAUUUGUUCACCUCACCACAGAAGGCAUCUACAAGCUCUGCUGGUGCUGGGUAUAUAUUUCCAUCCCCUCAAAAGGAAAAUAUUUUUGCUGGAAAAUCAUCAAGGGAGACAAGUCCUGUCAAAACUCCAUCCAAAGAUCAUACAGAUGAAUAUGAGCCUAAUGUUGAUUUCAAACCAGUCAUAGAUUUACCUGAUCUCGUGGAAACAAAAACAGGAGAAGAAGAAGAAGAGUCUGUUUUCUGUGAACGGGCAAAAUUAUUUAGAUUUGAUGACGGACAGUGGAAGGAAAGAGGAACUGGUGAAUUGAAACUCUUACGUCAUAAACAAACAAAACGUGUUCGAUUAUUAAUGAGACGAGAUCAAGUCUUGAAAGUAUGUGCCAAUCAUUUCCUUACUAAAGAAAUGAAACUUUCUCCAAUGCAAUCUUCUAAAAAGGCAUGGUGUUGGAAUGCUCAGGACUUCUCUGAGGGAGAAAUUACGAUUGAAAAAUUAGCAGUUCGUUUUAAAGAUGAGGACCUUGCUUUGAGAUUCAAGACAACAUUUGAAAAACUGCAGUCUGAACUUGAUCAGGUGCAAUCAAAGCCUGUAAAAAAAGAGCCAGCUAAAACAGUGACCUCAGACAAACCAUCACUUGGUUCAAUGUUCAAGAAAGAGGAGGGAGCUUGGUCCUGUCCUGCUUGCUUGGUAUCAAAUAAAUCUGAUGUUCAGAAAUGUGCUGCUUGUCAAACACUUAAGCCUGGUCUGAAGCCAGAGGAUGUGAUAAAGACAGAAUCAAAAUCUUCAAACGUAUUUGGUUCUACAUCAAGUGGUGUCAAGUUUGGAAAUACAAACUCGGAACAAAAAUUUUCAGGCUUUUCAUUUCAAUCAGGAGCUAAACCAACAACUGCUGCAGACAUCAAAUUUGGUCAGACAACAAAAGCAGCAGACAGCACAACUCCUGCUACAGGAAGUGGAUUCAAGUUUGGUGGACAAACUGUUUCUACAGUAAAAACAACAACAUCUGAAGCAGAUACUGGCAAACCUCCACUCAGUGGUGGAUUUAAAUUUGGACAAUUACCAGAAUCUGAUAAAACUAAGGCCACACCAGGAACAGUAAGCUUUGGACAGACUGUUUCUUCCACUUCUACAACUGAACCUGGCAAGUCUACUACAGGUGGCUUCACAUUCCAAUCACCUAAACCAUCUGGUUUCAGUUUUGGUGGAGAGACCAAGUCUGACACAUCCAAACCAGCUGCAACAUUUUCCUUCAAGCCCAGUGCACCAAUUGCUAGUCCUUCACCUUCUGCAACUGUUACAGAAAUAAAGAACAAACCAGUUUCAUUUAAGCCAAGCACUCCAUUAGGGGCUUCAACAGUUAUCCCUAAGCCUGAACAUGCUAAGAAAGAUGAAAAGAAAGGAUUUGGGAGUCAGUUUAAACCGAAAGAAGGAAGUUGGAAAUGUGAUGGAUGUCUAAUGUCUAAUAAUAGUGAUGCUCUGAAAUGUCCAGCCUGUCAAACACUUAAACCUGGAGUUACUAAGGAAGAGGCUAAAGCCUCUGUUCAGCCUGAAAAGAAGGAAGGAAAGAAAGGAUUUGGCGAUUUGUUUAAACCUAAAGAGGGUGUCUGGAAAUGUGAUGGCUGCCUUGUUUCAAAUAAUGGGGAUGUUCUCAAAUGUCCUGCUUGUGGUACAUUGAAGCCAGGAGUUAAAAAGGAGGACUUACCAAAAGUAACGGAAAAGUCUUCAGCUUUUGGAAGUACCGCUGGUGGAUUUAAUUUUGGUGGAAAAGGAGGAUUCACUUUUGGAACAGAUGGCAAAUCUGAUACUAAAGCUGCCUCAGGAUUCACAUUCCCUACGCCUGAUUCAACAAAGGAAAAAUCUGAAUCCAAACCAGCUGGUUUUACUUUCACACCAACAAAAUCUGACGCAGAGAAAAAUAAACCAGAUGCUUCAGCUAAAGGUUUCAACUUCACAUUACAACCAACUGCUACACCAGAAAAGAGCAGCAGUGGAUUCAAUUUUACUUUGUCACCGUCAAAAGAUGCAGGUCCAAAGUCUCCACCCACCGAUGCUGAGGGCAUGUACAUGAAUAAAGACGGAGAUGAUGAUCACAUUCAUUUUGAACCGAUUAUUGAACUUCCGAGUGUUGUUGAUGUUGUCACUGGGGAAGAAGACGAGGAAGUAUUAUUUCAACAUCGCUCUAAACUGUUUAGAUUUGUUGAUGGUGAAUGGAAAGAACGUGGACUGGGCGACAUUAAAAUCUCCAAACAUAAAGAAAGUGGAAAAGUGAGACUUCUGAUGCGUAGAGCACAAAUUCAUAAAAUCUGUUUGAAUCAUUAUUUAACCCAGGAAUUAGAGUUAAAACCUAUGCCAAAAACUGAUGGAAAAGCAUGGAUUUGGUUCGCCAUGGAUUUCUCUGAUGGGGAACCUGCAAUGCAACAAUUAGCUGUAAAAUUCAAAAAUCAAGAAAUAGCAAAUGGUUUCAAAAAGGCAUUUGACAAUGCCAAAGCAAAACUUGAAUCCUCUGUUGCUACCCAGGAAUCACCAGUAAGGAGAGUUGAUGAUUCUAACAUUAGAACUGAUGGUGUUGAAUUUGUAAAAGAAGAGAAGGCAACAAAAGAACAAAUAACAAUGGCAAGAAAAUUUUUGUUGCCCGACCACUUCUAUUUGUAUGAGAAGAAACCAUCCUGUCCAGGUUGUAUUGGUUGUGAGGACUACGAACCUGGGAAAAAAAUCUCACCUGCAAAAUCUAAAAUUCCAGUUAAAGUUGUAGCAGAUACAAACUCAUCAAAUGCCAAAACAAGUUUAUUUGGUCAAAGCAGAACAUUUGAAUUACCUAAACCUAAAUCUGAAUCCAGUGUAAUUGGAUCAACAACAGUCAGUUCUUCUACAGACACGAAGGGAGAAAUGUUUGGAGCUGGAGCUACAGAAUUCUCUUUCUCAUCAAUAGUUAAAGAAUCUGAGACAUCUUCGGGAGGGGUAUUUGGUGGAGGAGGGGCUUUCUCCUUUUCUGACCUGGCCAAGCAAGCAGAUAGUUCUACCUCACCAGGUUUUAAGGUUCAAGAUCACACUAAACAGUUCAGCUGGACAGGAACAGGACAGCAGUUAUUUUCUACUGGUGCAGGUGAUGGUAAUGAAGAAGGGGCAGAAGAGGCAGAUGAUAGUGGCUACACCUAUGAUCCUCAAUAUGAACCAAUUAUAGAUCUACCUGAUCUUGUUGAUACAAAAACAGGGGAGGAGGACUUUGAAAAGAUGUUCUGUCAGAGAGCUAAGCUGUUCAGAUUUGAUAAAGAGGCCAAUCAAUGGAAGGAAAAGGGACUUGGAGAAAUGAAAAUCUUGAGACAUCUUGUCAAUAGUCGAUACAGACUAAUACUAAGAAGAGAACAAGUUUUAAAGUUAGCCUGUAACCAGUGGUUGACAGCAGAGUUAUCAUUCAAACCUUUACCAACGUCAGAAACAUCAUGGUGCUGGGUUGGACAAGAUUUUAGUGACAAUGAACCAGUCAUCGAACAAUUAGCAAUUAAAUUUAAGACAAUAGAGCUGGCUCAACAGUUUAAACAAGUGAUUGAUAGCUGUCAGAACGACAUCAGAAAACAGAAAUCAACAGCUACAGAGAAAGGAGAUGCAGAUAUACAACCCACAACUAUAGUGGCACAGCCAGAAGAGUCGAGAACUGUGUUAGCACAACCGGAAGACUCCAGAACUGUAGUUACACAGCCAGAAAAUGCAAUGAAGAACGUUAUUGAAGAUCAAGUUAAAGUAGAUGAAGAGGAAGAAGAAGAUGAUGAUGAUGAUUAUACAACCGAUGAAGAUGAAGAAGAAAUACUUUUUGACAAACGAAUAAAAUUCUUCAGCAAAGAAGAAGAUUGGAAGGCUGUCGGACUAGGAACAAUAAAGGUUAUUUAUGAUGAAGACGUCAAUGGUAACAGGAUAAUGGUAGAAUUAGACAACAAAAAUGUCGUUUGUAAUCAUUUAGUAACCAAGGAACUAAAUAUGUCUAUAGAUAAAAAGGACUGUUACUGGUCUCCAAUAGAUUUCUCUACAGAUGAACCUGUAAGAAGACACUUUAGAUCUCAGUUUAGUUCAGAGCAGGCUGCACAAGAAUUUCAAAAAGUAUUUGAGGAGGGACGCCAAUUAGCACAGGAAUCAGAAAUAUCAGAAAGAGACAUAGCGACUUUCCCACAUGAGAUAACUUUUCCACAUGCUCAUGGUGGUUCCAGUCAAUGAGGACUAUGAUAAAUAAUAACUUUGUUAUGGAAUAAUGUAGCUUUCUGUAAUUCUGAUAUUAAAUGUGAAAUGCUAGUUCUGUUUAAUGUAUUGAAAAUUAAUGUAAUGAUAUUUCUGUUAAGAAUGACUAAGGAAUAUUAAUGUAAUGACAAUUUAUCUAAAAAUGUCAGGAAUUUGUAUAACUGUUAAAUUAUGUUAUUGUUUCAAAACUUAAGUUAUGAUAUGAUUUCUGCUAAUCUAAUGGUAUUAGGGUAAUGUUAAUGAUUUCAAACUGCAUGAAAUGUAUUUAUCAGAAGAAUAUUAAGUCUUCAACAUCAGUAGUUUUCUUUCGAUCACAAGGAUUACAGCAAAGUAUAUAAUGGCUUUAAUUAAUGUAUCUCAUGCUCAUGAUGGUACUGUUUCUUUAUGCUGUAAAUGCUUGUUCGUCAAAAUAAUAGCAUCUAUAGAAAUACAAAAUAUUACGGUCCUACUUUACAAUCAAGGUAUUUUGUGAAAUUGACUAAUUAGAUUAUUGGUUCUCUUUUACUACUUAUGAAUCAUUGUUUUGUAAGGCCUCCAUGCAUUUAUGUUGAUCAUGAUUAAAAAAACCUUUAAAUUCCCUUUGAUAAUCCCCUUCCUUUCAGUCAUCGUCAUUCAAAAAUAUAAUAUUAAAAAAAAUUAAUUCCGAUGGUUAAUUAACAGAGAACCAUUCAUAUUUUUCGUCUGUAGUUAAAGUGCUAUAUUCAUUAAGAUUUUAACACUAUUAAAUAAUAAUUUCAGCUUUAUUCCAAUUAUUUAAUUCAUUUUUGUCCAAUACUUUUUAAAUUGGGGCCCUUUUAAUCUUUAAAAAAAAUCAUUCAACAACAGUUGAGACAAUUGUACUAUUUGUAUUUACAGAACUUAAUAAGAACAAUAUUGUGAACUAGUUUUUUAGUUAUUUAAAUGUUAAUGUAGUCCAACACAAUUAAUACUGAUGAACUUACCAGUGUCUGAUGUCUGAAAAGGUGAGAAAUAUAAGGAAGUAUAAAGACAACCUUUAUAACACUGAAAAUGUGACUUGGAUUUUUGAUAAUUUAUGUUUAAAAAAAUGAUAUGUUAAAAUCAAGACACAUGAAAAGCUGUUAAAAUAUUUGUUUUUUUUAAAGAUUUGAAGGUGAUGUCUUCUUUCGUUUCAGUUUCUCUUUUCUGUCUUAUCUCUUUAUCAUAUACUUUUUCCUAUUUCUAUUAUAUUAUCAGGAACUUGAGGAAAUCAAAACUGCUCAUGGAGAGAAGUAAUCAUGGAUUGUUAAUCUAUAAACAAUUAGUGCUGUAUUAAAUUAUUUCACAGUCAUGGUGUUAUAUUUUAUUGAGUUGUAAUGCUACUACUUUAGCUUAAUGAUGUUAGUACUGUAAUGAUCU